GAAAACGAAUGACUCCAAAAAUAACCGAAGCGACGACAGAACAUAACAGUUAUCUCUUAACAUUAAUCUCUUGAUUUAUAUACACACCUCUCCUCUCACCAAGAAUCACAAAUUCGAUUUUACUUUUUUUUCUUCUUCUUCUUCUUCAUCCUCGGCUCCUCCUCUCAGAUUCCUGCUUCUCGUUGCGAUCGACGAAUACCUAAAUCUCUCUUCCUCGCUGAUUUUGUUUCCAUCUCUCUCUCUCUCUCUCUUUUUCUACGUUAUAAUAUUUUUAUUCGGUGAAGUUUUGUGAAUGGUGGAACCUAAUCCGAUCUGCGAUAACUCUAGGCUCUCCCUUCCAAUCCAAAGGGCAAGCUUCUUCGUCCCUCUGUCUUCAGACUCUGUUUUCGCAUUCGGAUCUUGCAAAGAAGGCUGGUACUACCGUUGCCUUGGCAUCGACCCGUGAAAUUCUCCUUCCCGUUUGACAUCUAUUUUUCUAGCGAUUUUUUAAUUACUUUUGAAAGAUGUUGUACAAGCUGAAGAAGAGAGAGGUGGUUAAGGGAAACAGAAUCUUGAUCAGCGUUACGUUUCUUGGUAGCCCCGGUCCGAUCCGGUUCGUUGCUUACGAAGGAGAUCUGGUUGCUGCUGUGAUCGACACUGCUCUUAAAUGUUACGCUCGAGAAGGUCGGCUUCCCAUUCUCGGAUCUGACUUCAACGAUUUUAUUUUCUAUUGUCCCAUGGUUGGACCUGAAGCUCUGAGUCCAUGGGAAGCAAUUGGGUCGUUGGGAGCGAGGAACUUCAUGCUGUGUGAGAAGUCAGAGGAAAAAAAGAAGUUGGAGGAAGAAAAUGGAAGAUCGAGUUUUCCCAUUAACGGAGCUAGAAAAAGAAGCUUUAGGGCUUGGAUUAACAAAUCUUUCAGUCUUAAAGUCACUACUCAUUAGACUUUAUCGUCUUAUGUUUAACCUUGAAUGCUCAAGAUUAUUGGUUUGUGUUUUUGUUAUUUGAUUUUCUUCUUUUGAAAGAAUGUUUGUUUCUUGUGUUCAGUUUGAAACAUUUGUCUUUUGAAUUCUUGUUUUGAUUGGUUUCUUGCAUAUGCCUCAGGAAAUACAAUUUUCAAGUUCUUUCU